CGGUGGAUAGUGCUUGCUUUACAUCUGGUAGGCAGAUUAAAGUUUUUAUUUGUUGUUUUUUGUAACUGUCCAAGCGGAUACUUCCGUGUUGUAUGUUUUUUAAAACUUAUUUUGCGACCAUUCUGUGUUACCAUGGCAACAUAAUUUGAGCAAAGUACAACUAUAUUGGUUUUAAAAUGUUAGAUGUCGCUUGUCCAUAUUAUUGUUUCUUUUAGGCUUAAAACUCUGAAAUAAUAUAUUUACAAAAACAACUGUUAUUUAUGUGAAACACUAUGCCAGGUUUAUUCCACGACGCCAUUAAGAAGCUGUAUGUAGCGAAAGACCCAGCUGGACUGGGAAUUACGAGGUUUUUAUUUGGUUUGUUGAUGAUCGUUGAUAUAUUUGAUGAACGUGGUUUGUUAUUGGUUCCAGAUAAGUGGGGCGAUCCGGAAGCAUGCCACUUUCCCCUAUUCGACAGUUUGCCUCGUUUAUCCAUGGAAUACAUGCAUAUAGUAUAUCUAAUUUUGUUGGUAUCAGCGAGUGGUAUCAUGAUUGGAUUUUUGUAUCGCCUCAGUUGUAUAGGCUUCGUUAUUUCAUAUUGGUAUAUAUUCUUUAUGGAUAAAACUGUCUGGAAUAAUCAUUCAUAUCUUUAUGGUUUGCUUUCCAUCGUGUUGUGCUUUGUUGGUGGUAAUCAUUACUGGUCAGUUGAUGGCUUGCUGUGGCCUGCACUGAGAAAUCAGAGUGUACCAUGUUGGAAUUAUGCGAUCAUAAGAUUUCAGGUGUUUCUGUUAUAUUUCUAUGCUGGCAUUAAAAAACUAGAUAAAGAUUGGGUGACUGGUUAUUCUAUGAAUGGCUUGUCACGAAAAUGGUUGUUUGAUCCAUUUCGAUUGUUUCUAUCAGACGACAUGAUAGAUUACUUAAUUGUUCAUUUGGGUGGCUUGGUAUUCGACUUGUCUCAAGGAUUUCUACUUUAUUUUGACAGAACAAGAAUAAUUGCUUUCAUAUUUGGUUAUGGAUUUCACGGGAUGAACGCUAUAAUGUUUAGCAUUGGAAUGUUCUCUUAUAUGUGUAUGGCUUUAAUGCCGAUAUUUUGCAGACCAGAAUGGCCGAAAAACAUUGUAAAAAUUUUCCCGAAGUUUAUACAAUUAUUCAUGCCUUUGAGUUCUCCUCCGCAGAAAAAUAAAAUGUGCAGUGAAGAUCACGAAAGAAGGAAGAAGAAAAUGGGAUCAGAUGGAGACACUUGGUCGUUAAGUCCUCGUAAGGUCGUUACGAGUAUGAUGUUGAUGUUUUAUGUGUCGAUACAACUCGUGUUACCGUAUUCUCAUGGCAUCACUAAGGGUUACAAUUCAUGGACAGAAGGCUUGUAUGGAUACUCUUGGGACAUGAUGAUUCACUCAUGGAACACGCAACAUAUUGUAGUUAAAGUUGUAGACAAGAUCACGGAAAAACAACAAUACCUAAGACCAGGUGCGUUUUUUCCUCUCGCCAACGAUCGCAACCGUAUCUUUUCUCAUCCUGACAUGUUGAAACAGUACGCCCUAUGUUUGAAAGAUCGAAUUGUUUCAAUGCCGGAGUUAAACUUCACUCAACCUCAGAUUUAUUUUGAUGUGUGGAAAUCUUUAAACGAUCGCUAUCAACAGCGCAUGCUUGAUCCUCGUGUAGAUAUAAUUUCUGCACCAUGGUCUCCAUUUGAGCACACGUCUUGGUUGCGCCCUCUUUUGGUUGAGUUAACGCCCUGGAGAUCAACAUUAUCGAAGAUUCGAUCUGUGAAUACGGAAAUGAAUAACGCAACGGAUAUAGUUUUUGUCGCCGACUUUCCAGGAUUGUUGCUUCAAAAUUACAUUGCGCCGGAAAUUAUAGCCAACGUGUCUGUUUUAAGUGGUGAUGUUGUUGUAGAAACAGGUGGUAAAAAUGUUAGCGUUGCGACCAAUCAAACGCUGCAAUUAAAAAGUGACGAAACACAUGUUAUUUACACGGUAUCCGAAACACCUUCAUGUUAUAUGUACGUGUAUUACAACACCACGUGGGUCGAGCAAACAGAAGAAGAAAUUAUUCAAGGCGAUCCAGUUCUUCAGAGGCGAGCCAAAGCUAAGCGAGAAUGGGAAGCAAAGUCUGCAGUUGAGAAGCUAACCACUUUUUUGGGACAGAAAUACGAGAACUAUCAGCAAGGCUUGUGGCAGCUGUAUUUGGCUGUUGGUAUUAUCUUUGAUGUUGGACAUGGGGAAAAUGAAGGCGUAGUGAAUGAAGAACUAUAAUCAACGUUGCAUGUUGUAUGGAGGAAGUGUUGGAGUCGAAUAGUUCUAAAAGUUGUAUCGACUUUUUACACAUACUAUGUAUCUGUUAAAAAAAGAUAGAAUAUAUUUUUCAAUUUUAUUGUAAACAAUAUUAUAAAUUUUUUGUUCCUUUAUUUUCUUAACAUAUUUCUUCAUCUUGA